AUGAUGAAGCGCGGCGUCAAAAGUUUCACCGAUCCCCUUCCUAUCAGCCACCGUUACCGUUCCUUCUCUGUCUCUUUAGACGACGAGAAGCCACCAGAGUAUCAUAUCCCUAUCGCUGGGAGAGAAUCACUAGGCCAGCCGGAAUCCCGUGGUCGGGUAGUUCUUACCGAAUACGAUUGUUAUAAUGAGUUGGGCUUUUGUUUUCCUACUUGGAAGAAAUGGAUGAUCAUCAGCGUCAUUUUUCUAGUUCAAGUUUCAAUGAAUUUCAACACCAGUCUGUAUUCCAAUGCCAUCUAUGGUAUUUCGCGGGAAUUUGGUGUCAGUGUGCAGGCUGCGCGGUGUGGUGCUAUGAUCUACCUAGUCACUUACGCCUUUGGUUGUGAACUAUGGGCACCCUGGAGCGAAGAACUGGGCCGCAAACCUAUCCUGCAACUCAGCAUGCUUCUUACCAACCUCUGGCAAUUGCCAGUUGCUCUUGCGCCAAAUUUUGCCACUGUCAUGGUUGGCCGGGCCUUUGGUGGUCUCAGUUUGGCUGGUGGCUCUGUCACAUUAGGAAUGAUAGCAGACUUGUGGGAGUCGGAUGACCAACAAUAUGCAGUUGCCUGUGUGGUGUUUUCAUCAGUUGGUGGCUCAGUUCUUGGGCCUUUGAUAGGGGGUUUCGUGGAUGCCUUUCUGCCAUGGCCUUGGGCCAUGUGGAUUCAACUUAUCUUUGGCGGAUUUACGCAGAUUCUCCAUUUGCUACUUGUUCCGGAGACCAGGACCUCUAUCAUGAUUGAUAACAUUGCAAAGAGAAGACGCAAAAGGGACGGUAUUCCGAACGUUUGUGGCCCUAAUGAAGUCCUACCUUGGAAAGAGCGCUUUUCCAUGAGAAAGAUUCUCACCACCUGGAUUCGUCCAUUCAAGAUGCUGUUGACAGAGCCGAUCGUGUUGAGUCUGUCCUUACUAAGUGGCUUCAGUGAUGCGCUGAUAUUCAUGUUCAUUCAAUCCUUUGGGUUGGUCUACGCACAGUGGGGGUUUGACACUGUUGAUGUGGGCCUUUCCUUCAUACCCAUUUUAGUGGGCUAUAUCAUUGGCUGGCUUAGCAUGUAUCCUGUCAUCCACAGGACAAACAUGAAGCGGAAAUUAAAUCCCAAUGAUGAGCAUGCACAAUAUGAGUUGCGACUCUGGUGGCUGCUUUAUACCGCACCAUGCCUUCCUAUUGGCUUGAUGGGAUUUGCAUGGACGAGCUUGGGUCCCCCAGUUCACUGGAUAGGAACUAUGGUGUUCGCAGCCAUUGUCGGCAUCGCCAACUAUACCAUCUACAUGACCACCAUCGAUUACAUGGUCUGCGCUUAUGGUCCUUAUUCUGCUUCAGCAACAGGUGGGAAUGGAUUCUCCAGAGACAUACUUGCAGGUGCCCUUACUGUGCCCGCCACGCCAUUCUUCAGUAAUAUUGGUGCCCCUAAUCGUAAUCUCGAGUAUGCAUCUACCAUUCUUUCUUGUAUUGCCGUUCUUCUCGUGAUUUCCGCCUAUGUGAUCUAUUGGAAGGGACCAAUGCUUCGCAAAAACUCACCAUUUGCCCAACAAUUGUCCAGUGCCCGGAAGGAAGAUGCCAGCCGUCGCACUUCUAUGACCUAUAGUGGACGGGGGAGACAGUCCCGCAAGAACAGCGGUCAAGGACAGGAGUAG